UUGAAGAUUGAGGCGACGACUGGACUGGACGCGCGCCCGUUUCACCGAACAACGUCGAGAAUCCCGAGAACGCAGCGCACGCAGGCAACUUCCCGUGUCGUCUACGUCGCGAGCUACGGUCCCGUCAUUCCCGUCGACGUACGAUGAUGCGCGUCGCGGACGCCGUGACCGAGAUGGACUGGGAUAAGGUCAUCGAUACCUUGAAUUGCACGCUGAAGCUCUCGCAGCUCAACGACGAGAUAAGGGACAUGAAGCACGAGAGCGAGCUGAUGUCGCGUUUGUUGCGCAAUCAGGAGGUUAUGAAAUUUGUGUCCCUGUGGCUGAAAGAUCUCCACAGCACCAAGGACAAGAGGAAGCAGCGGAAGAACUUGGAUAUAUCGACAGCCUUCAAGCUGUCCGGGAACAAGGAGUUUCAGUCCAAGAAGUAUGCCGCGUCUCUGCAAUUGUAUACGAAGAGCGCGCUGUACGCCCCCACGAAUAGCGUAGAUUUGGCAAUAGCGAUCGCCAACAGAUCGGCCUCUCUAUUCUACUUGGACAGAUGGCAGGAUUGCAUCAACGACAUCGAAUUGGCCAUUAAAUUCGGCUAUCCCGAGAACUUGCGCUAUAAACUGCAUCUGCGUACGGCUCAGUGUUACCUGAAAUUAGGUAAUAGAGCGUCGGCCGUUGAAACUGUUCUACAAAUGCACAGCAUAUUGAAUCAGCGUAAUAUGCCAAGUGAAAAGAAAGAGCAAUUGGAGAGACAAAUGAGCGACAUAACAUCAAGAAUAUCGUGUAUGGAAGACAAUGCAGAUAAUACUGCAGAAAGCACGGAAUUUCCACAGCCUGAAGUUGCGUAUGGCGAGAAUCCUAAUUUUUGGUCUGCGUCAGCGGCGAUAGAUAUGAAAUACGCUCCGGAAAAGGGAAGAUCCGUCGUAGCUAAUAGAGAUAUCAAAAGAGGUCAGAUUCUGUUCGUUGAAAAGGCGUUCGCUUUCGUCCCGUUGUCUCACUUUAAAGCUGACGUUUGUUACAAUUGUUGUCGCUCGUGCGGCGAUAUUGCUGUACCAUGUACGGAGUGUGUCGACAGUAUGUAUUGCACUAUUAAUUGUUGGGAUGAAGCACGCUCUUACCACCGCUGGGAGUGUGUCGGCAAUCAAAUGGGCCUCUGGCCGCAAAUUGGAAUAGGAUACCUGGCUGUAAGAAUGUUGUUUAAAUGUACAACCGCGACCGAUGGUAGCAGACUCGAUGAAGUGCAAGAGCUAGUGACUAAUUUUUCUAAGCUCCAGCCGUGCGACGUUAUUUCGUAUGGAAUCACGGCAAUUAUGCUUAUGAUGUAUCUGUCGAAAUGUACUGAUUUUUUUAAAGUUAUCAAUCUUAAAGAAUGCUUAAUAUCAAAGUUUUGUAACGAUUUCAAUUGUGACCUCACGACAGAGGGAGAUGAACGAUUGUAUGUAAGUUCUCUACUGUUGAGACACAUAUUACAACUUAUUUCUAAUGGGCAUGCUAUCACAAAGAUAAACGCGAUAGCAGAUAACAAUAAAAAUAAACUCCUUAUUCAACAACAAGAUAGAAUAGCUACAGCGAUUUAUCCCUCUGCAAGCAUGAUGAAUCAUUCUUGCGAUCCUAAUAUAAUUAAUAGCUUUUUAGGAUCAAUUUUAAUAACUAAAGCCACGCGGGAUAUUGCGGCAGGUGAAGAAGUUUUUAAUUGCUAUGGGGCUGAUUUUAGAAGAAUGUUGCGAAGAGAAAGACAGGAAAAAAUGGAAAGUCAAUACUGCUUCAAGUGCAAUUGUGUAGCAUGCACCAUACCAGAAUAUGAAGAUAUUUUGAAGAAAUUUACUGCGCUGAAAUGUCCUGAAUGUAGCGGACCGUUGAGUGAUAACUGUCAAUCUUCUAUGUACUGUAUAGAUUGCGGAGUGGCAGUCUAUGAAAACACUUAUGAUUUUAUAUUGAGACAGGCUCAACACCAUUUUGCCAAAGCAGAAAUUUGCGUGGAAAAUGAAAAGUACGAAGAGGCAUUAAUUAAAUUGAAAGAAUGUUUGCUUCUUAGAAAAGAUGCAUUAUACAAAUAUCACGAGGACAUUGCUGCCACCAUGGAUCUCAUGGCAAAGGUCUACGCUAUUAAGGGACAAUGGUUGAAUUCAAUUUCGUAUCUCGACCACAGUCUCGUAAUUAUCGAAGAAAGAUACGGUUUUCGGAGCAUUGAAGUCUGCAAUGAAAUAAAUAAAUUAACGGAUAUAUGCUUGCAAUAUUUGCAAGAGGAAUCUAAUACGUCAUCAAAAUAUUAUAAAAACGUGUUGAAGAAAACACGACGAUAUUUAAAUCGUGCGGAAGAAAUUAUAGAUCUUACGUAUGGUCCCUGGAACGAAGUUUAUCGCGAAAUUGCCGUGAAAAAGGAAAUUCUUUCCUCUAUUUUGAAAAAUUUUAACGUGUGAUAUUUGUGUGAAUACUAUGAAUUAUCUGUACCGUUUAACAGAUAAAUGAAUAAAACACUACAGGAAGGCGUUUCACGCCCUUUUUUUGCCAUAUAUUUCUUGAAUACAUAAAAAAUAAUUGUAUCAUCAACUUCUUUAUUGUAUGUAUUUUUAACAUAUUGUUUAUAAUCUAUUUAUAUCAAAAUAAUGAUCAUGCAACUGUCUUUAUCAUCAUAUAAAGUUAUAUAUUAUUAUACAUAUAUUAUAAAUUUUGUAUUGAACUGUGUAAUUGGAAAUUGAUUGAAAAAUGUUUUUAGUGUUACAAUACAUAAAUAAUUGUUUUAC